GUAGUAACCACCUCCCGCGGGCAGCGAGCGUUUACGGCAGUCUCAGUCCGCGCCCUGAACGCAAUCAGAGCGACAUAGUGCAUCUACGCUUUGUUGCGCAUUUUGUGCCCACCGUCUAACUUUCAAACUAUUGCUUGGAUGAAAAAAACCGCUACAAAUUUAUUAACAAAUGACGUUUAUUAGAACCAAUGUAAUCUGCAAAGCUAGAAUAUUUAUGCUCGAACGCCAAAAAGAGGCAACAAGAAAACAUGCCUUUUUCAAAAAAACCUCAUCAUCGACUGAAGAAUCAGCAGAAUUUGUAUAGAUUAAAAAAUAGUUUUUUAAUAAAAAGUAAAAGCCACUCGCUGGAAGAAUAAGUAAAGUAGAUAAAGAAUUCCCAAAAAUAGCGAUUCUAUAAUAAUUAUUAUGAAAAUCUAAAAGCAAGAAAAGAAAAUGAGCGGAGAAAACCCUUCCGAAGGCCGAAAAUGGUAAAAGCGCUGUAGGUUGAGUCGCGAUAUAUACUUUGCUGAUACUUGGUUUGCGGACGGAGCGUGCCUCCUUCUGCCUAUUCACCAUCAGCUCCUCGGUCGCGGGGAGUGCAGGGGGCUGCGGCCCCGUAGUGGGGCUCCCUUCUUAUAAAAAACGCCAAGUACAUGUUGCAUACAAGCAACGCAGAGGGUCAUAAGAACCCUUUUAGACGUACAAUUGUGAAGAGACCAAGGCAUUGCGAGGCUGUUCAAAAGACAAAUGGUGGUGGUGGAUCAUGGAGUCGUGGGGGUCGAGGCCGGGCGAACCGUGGGCGGGUCCAGAGCCAAGGCCUGCUUGGUUGCGUGGGUGGUGGACCUGCCAGCAGUGGUACGAAUCAUCUGCAGCAGCAGCAACAGCAGCAGCUACCCGUGGCAGCGGGCCUGCGAGAGGUGGUCAACAUUUUGGGCGAACGCAACCAGGCGGGCACCCUCACCGGGGUCGGCCCACCGCCUGGCUUCCUGGAGGAACAAGCCGCCCAAGAAGAGGAGGAAAUGAAACGACGCCCACCUAAGCCACUGCUCAGGCGGCUUAUCACCUACGUACGGCAGGCCUGGACUGGUGUCAAAUUUUCUCUCGCAGAUUCGGAGUACGAAGAGGAGCAGAUACCGCGCUACAGACCGGACUCACUCAGGAGCUUAUGCAGGGCGACUCGUUUCAAUGAGGCUGAAAUGAAGCGCAUCUACCGGGGUUUCAAGGCCCAAUGCCCGACGGGUGUUGUGCGCGAGGACACCUUCAAGCUCAUCUACUCCCAAUUUUUUCCACAAGGAGCCAAUAGCAGCCAGUACGCGCACUACGUGUUCAACACGCUCGAUCAAGACCACAGCGGAAUCCUGAGCUUCGAGGACUUCGUGGUGGGCUUGAGCAUACUAUCGCGCGGAUCCAUGGACGAAAAGCUUCGCUGGACGUUCUCGCUGUACGACAUCAACGGCGACGGCUACAUCACGCGCGACGAGAUGACCGACAUCGUCACUGCCGUCUACGAGCUGAUGGGCAAGUUCGCCGACCCAAACCUCAGUCACAGCCAUGACGGCGUACGUCAGAAAGUCGACCGAAUGUUUCAGAAAAUGGACUGCAACAAAGAUGGAGUAGUAACGCUGGGCGAGUUUCUGAAUGCGUGCAAUUCCGAUCCAGAGAUAACAACAAAUAUCGCCGCACUCGAAACAGCCUUUUGACAUGGGGCGAAAAUCACGAACAUUCUCCCAUCGUGUGGAUUUGAAUCUGAAUCUCUAAUUAAUACUAUUGUAAAAACAAAUCAACAUAAUUCAAACAAUUAAGAAAAUUUAAACUUUACGAGAAAUCAAAGUCAUGCAGCUUUUUCGGCUUGAGAUUCUAAUUUUACAAAUUAUGCCUUAUGCGAUAUAUUAAAAACAAUUAUAACUUUUUGAGAUAAACUAUUGGAAACAAAAAAAUGUUGAUUAAUUGUUACAUUAUCUUCGGGCGAAUGUUUCAUUGUAAACAAAAAUUGUCCUCCUUAAUAUUGCAAAACAGUAUUAUUCAUUCCUUUUUAAGUCACAAUUAAUGUUUAAAAUUACUUUUAAUAAUCGUAAGUGGCUGUAUGCCGAAACAACUUGAUUUUUGUGAAUAUCCUAUUCACGUUGCAGAGUGAGAAAUUAGAAAAGCAGUAAAAAGUUAAUAUUAUACGAAAUGCACUUGUAUAGUGACACGGAAAAUAUACUAUACAUCAUUGUUAUGUAUUUGUCAAAGUUGUUUAGAGUUUACUAUUAAUAUUGAUCUAUUGGUGGACUGAGUGACCAAAGUUGGCACAUCAAAAUUGCAACGAAAUGUGUAAUAAAUUAUGAAACACUGGAAAUUGUUGUGUAUAAUAAAAUAUAUGAUUAUAACUUUGAAAACAGGGAAAAAUAAAAUAUCGGAAAACACUGUUACAUUCCUAGCUAAAAUUAGUAGUGUUCUUAUAAGGAUACGAAUAAUCACAUUCUUCGAUAUUUUUGACAAAACAUUCAGGCUCAAUAUAUGUAUAAAACAUGUUCUUUCUAUAAACAUAGAAAGAGAAGAUUUUUUUAUUAUUUUCCUACUGAUGUCAGAACAAACCAAGUACGCAAAAUAGAGCUUACUAGAUAAUUUUUCCUGCUAAAUAUUCGUAGCCUCUCUCUUUCUAUAUACAAAGAGCAUGCGAUAUAUGUUCGAAUCUAUGUGUACAUAUGUUUGUAUAUGUAUACAAGAUUAUAUAAAUAAUGUCCGGUAAAAAAAAAUAGGCAUUAUUUUUUAUCUUGCUAGUAAUGAAUUGGAGAACAAGUAAAAAGUGCAUGUGUCCUUUUAACAAUAGCUUCGAUAUAUAUGAGCAAUUUCAUAAUAAAAACAAAUGUCAUAAUUCAGUACUAUUUUUAAAAUAGCGCUCUUAACGAAUGUUUAGAGUGCAUGCACUUCAUUUUUCGAUUUUAUCAUUCCGUGAAGUAUAGUUCACCCGAAGAGUAUUUAUUUGAUUCAUCGCCGUACAUACUCGUGACAAUCUUUUCUGCUCAUAGCAAUGUUGACAUAAAAAAUAGUAAUUUUUCAUAGUUUUUUUUUAUUUAAUAGUAAUCAACAAAGAUAGUAUAAAUAUGGAUCUAAAUUCGAAAGCUCUUAAAAGAAAUUUUGAUUGAAAAUAAACCAAGGUAAUAGAAUAACAAAGCGAAAAUAUUACAAAAUUAUGUUCUAUUUAAUAUUUUUUAUAAAUUAUAUCGACUUAAGGUAAUAUUUCUGUUCAGCUAUUAAUAUGUUAUUCGUAAAAAAAUAUGACAUAUUGCUAAACCUAUGACGGAUUGCUACAAACCGAAAUUAUUUUUCUUUUUUUCAUAAAUCAACUCUAUUCUAUUCAUAGAGCGUGUAAAAAUUUUUUUCAUUAUUGUAGCUUGGGUAUAAUUAAAAUAUUACUUAUUUUCUUUUUUUUUUAAGAUCUAGGGAUUAAAUAAACGAAUAAAUAUAUAUAUCAGGUCAGUUUCACGUCAAGUCAACCAAACACUUUUUUGAAAUUAUUUUCCAUUAACAAUGUAUUUGAAAAUUCACGCUCAAAAUUGAAUAUUUGGUAACAAUUAAAAAAUGGAAAAUUUUUCGUUCUGUGAAUAAAAUAACAAUUAACGAGUUCAUUUCAAUACGCGUGAAGAACAUAUAAUUUUGAGUAUUCAAGAUUUUUAAUUUUACAUACAUAUUUAGAAAAUGCAAAUAAUAUUUUCAUCGACGAAAAAAUGAAAAAAAAUUUUGAUCUAGUGAAAUAUUGAUCGUGAAAUUGCUCAUGUAUAUGUAUGUAUAAUUUUAUUUUUAAACCGUGCAAGAAUUAAAAAUCCUUAUAAAAAUAAAAUCAAUUAAUUACAUUUUUGAAAAUUUGCCGUAACAUUAAUAUGAGUUAUAAAAAAUGCACACGUGAAAUGUAGAUACAGUACAAUCUAUUUAUGAAAAAAUGUUUGAUUUCCUCAAUCGACACGGGGAUUUCAUAUAUAUGGAAACUCCGUGUCGAAUAUAGAUAUGAAAUAUUUUUAAAUACGUUAAUACAUGCGAAUUUUCGUCUCAGUAGUAAAGGGGUAGUAAAAAAAACAUAUAUUUUGAAAGCUGAUGUUUUAGUAGCCUCAAUUUGAUCUACGAUUGAAAUAGUAUCACUGCCCAUGAUAUAUUAUUGAGUGGAAUGACUAAAUAUUGAGGUGUAAAAAUUGAAUAUUGAAGAACACCAUUGUCAAACCGAAUAAUAGAGCAUUCAUUACCAGACAAAUAUUUAUCGGUCUAGCGCAAAAACAACGAGAGCAAACAAAAUAAUUAAAAUAGCUUCAUCAAAUUUUUUACACCUGUGUUAAUUAUAGAAAGUAAGAUUACUGAUGCUAUUAUAUUGUUACAUAAAAUAAAAAAUUUAAAAAAAAUGAGGUGUAAAAGUGAACUAACCGUCGUUUGAAAUCAAAGAAGCAGGAUACAGAAUCACUAUGUUUUUGAUGUUAUUCUUGAAUGUGGGAUCUUUAACCUAAAAAAUUAGAGCACAUAAUCAAGCAAAUAUUGAUAAUAUUUUAUUUAAAGAUGUUAGAAAUCUUGAAAAGAGAUUUUCCAGAAGCGUUAUAAUUAAGUAAUGGAAAGAGACAGGAACGAUAUCCAUCGAAAAUUAAGCUACAGAUUCAAUCAAUGAAAUAGAUGAAGGUUGCUUUUAGCUAUCUAUCUCGAGAGUUUACUGUUUUUAGUGGAAGACCAAUACUUAACUAUGGUGCUCUUUUUUUCAAUUUGGCUGCGACUCUUUCAGCCUAAUCUUCAAAAUAUUAAACUUUGUAGUAGAUUUCAAAUAAAAAUAUUCGCGUAUAAAAUCUCUAUUAACGCACAUUUCAUGGUUUUACUAUUCAAAACUCUCUAUACCUUAAUAUUCUUGUCGAUUUCUUAAUUUCUUUUAAUGAAAAAAUUUUAGAAUUUUGCAAUGUGUAAUCUCUUUCUCUCUCUCUCUAUCUAUCUAUCUAUCUCUCUCAAUCUCUCUUUUCUCUCUCUCCUUUCUCUCUCUCCUAUAAAGUUAUAAAAAUAAUAGUUUUAGUAAGCAUUCACUUAUAUUAUCAAUCAAAUAUCUAUCCAAUUGACUAUGCGAAGACUAAGUCUAUCUGCUGCUAGUAAAAUAAAGAUGUAGUAUAUUUAAAAUUAAUGUUUUUUUUUGACUAAGAGUAAAUCUUGCUACUCUGAAUCUCACUAAAAAAAAGAAAAGAAAAAAUGUUAGUAGUAUUUAUUGCUGUCUUUCGAUUCUUGUGAAAUCUCUUAUAGUAAUUUAAAUAAUUUUCGAUAUUGAGAAAGAUAAUCGUUGCAUUUUUGCUAGAUAUGUGUGUUGCAAAAAUGUUCACAAAUCUCGUUGCCCAAUAUGCAAUAACGUCUAUUUCAUAACUCAGAAAAAAUAUCGCACAUAUAAGUAGAGUGCAUGUGCUUAAAUUAACCCUAUCUUCAAAGGCCGUGAGUUUGAAGUUUGGAAUGUUUAAGAUUGAACAGAAACACAGAAAUAAAAAUAAAAAUACAUGAUUCAUAACUACUAAACAAUGUUAUUUAUGCUUUAUGUUAAGGGUGAGUGCAAGAUGUAUCAAGCGAAUUAUUACAUUCCCGUUAACAGUAAAUGUUGUAAACUUCAAGCUCAGUGUUUUAUAAGAUUGAUAUAUCUUUUACUAUUAUCAAAUAUAUCUAUUUCUUCUAAUCCAAUAACCUAGUCUCGACGUGUGAAAAGUAAUUAUCAGUAAAGCGGUCUAAAAUACUAAAAAUGACUAUAUAAAAGUCAAUUGAGCUGCCAAAAGUAAUAUCGUCACUUUACAUACUCCGAUUAUAAUCACAUUCUAUAUUAUAUUUCCUAAAGUCUAUUUAAAGAAAAUUCAAGAAAAUUAACAAUUAUAUGAUCUAAAGCUCAAAGCACCUUCUAAAAUACCGCUAACUAUAAUCUAUAAUUUCGAAAGUAUUUUGUUAAAUUUCUCUUCUCACUUGAGUUAUAUGUGUGCAAUUAUUUUUCGUCAAUACACACACAUAUGAUUACUUGUAUUUUUAUAAACUUAAAUAUAUGUGUGUGAAUAUAUAUUGAAUGUAUACACAGACGCGCGCGCGCGCUCACACACACACACACACACACACACACACAUCACCAUCAGUAUUUUUAUAUUCCAAAAUUUGGAACAAGGACGAAUACUAGUAUAAUAUUAUUGCAGCGGCGGAAGAGAAUAUAUUGAUUCAUUUUAAUAUAAAACAACAAUUUUCUCAUAGUAGGAACUGGAAUAGAGACAAGACAUAAAGAAUUUUGGUACAGAUAUGUGAUGGAUAAAGACGGUUAAGAUUGAUUACGUAUACUACUAACAUAUAGAUUGACGACAAAUUAAAUAGAAAAAGAUAAAAUGAUAAUUGUUAUUAAAUUGAAUUAUUCUACUUUUGUACUUAAAAGAAAAUUUAACAGUGCUAUUAAAAAUUUUUCUGUGAAAUACGUAAAACCAAUGCAACUAUUUAAUUAAAGGAGAGGUAACACCUAAAAAAACCAAUGUACUUAUAAUGUUCAGGUUGUGGAUACUUUUAAUUGCUGAUUAUGGUCCAAUUAGAGACUAACUAUGUAAGACUUUACAAACAAAUGUUAAAAAUUGAAUAUAGAAUUAAAAACCAAAAAUACGUUGAUACGUGCAUGUUUACACAUACAUGCAUAGCGAUAUAAGAUAAUGAGAACAUAAAGUAUUUAAUUGAAAAUCCUUCUACGUAUAUCCGCAGAUAUACACAGUCAAAGGACGAAAUCGGUUCAUCUUUGGUCCAAUAUGAGCUGAAUACCUUGAGCCACGUUACGCCUAAUUAAAGUUGUCUCGUUUUGAUGAUCAACUUAUUUAACAAAAAUAAAAAAUAAUAAUAAUAAAAUCAUCGAAGAAAUAGGUUUACGUAAUAAAUACUGGCUCAAAAUGGUCCUGCCAAACAUCAUUUGAUAAGAGUAUUGUCACCCGUUAAAUCAGUUAAUUGUUAUUUUUUCUCUGGAUGAAAUGUUUAGAUUUCAAUGUAAUACCUGAAAGGUGAACCGAUUUGACUUGGUUUCUGUAUAUAUCUAUGUACACACACAGAAAUGCUUUAAAAAUACGCGAAUGUAUAAGUAUCUUAUAAGAAAUAUCAAAAGAAAAACAGAAUUUUUGCCUCUAUAUAUUAUGGUUAUGGAUUAUACAGCUUAAAGUAUAAACUUGUAAAAGAUUCUACUUGACAUUUUUGCAUUUUGAAAAUGCAUUAACUACUAUUAUACCGAUAAUAAUCCAAUGUAAUGGUAAAUUUUUACGUGAACUUAUUUACCAAAUUCGUGUUUACUCUUGACAUUUCUUUUACUUUAUAUAUUUAUGCGCUUUUAAUGUCGUUACUGUGUAAGUGAUUAUUAUCCAAGCGAAAUGCAGGUAAAUAGUAUCAAAUUAAUUAUUUGAACAUUGUCCGAACGAAAAAAAUGUAUCCGUAUGUUUUUUCUUUGUGCAAUUCCAAUUGUUUAUACAAAGUUACUUAAACAAAUUACUAGAAAUUUUGCAAUUCAAAAGACUGAUUCUACCAAUCGAUUCUAUGGUAAAAAACAAAUCAAAAAUCUUUAUACUAUAUUUUUGUCAGACUCUAUUUGUUUAGUAUAUUUAUUAUAAAGUUAUUAAAAUAAAUGUAAAAUUGUUUUGCAGAAUUGAAAAAAACAAACAUAAUGGUAAUAGUACAUUUCCUAAUGGAUGAUCAAAAGCUUUCUGACGAAAUAAGAGGUUUACGAUACAAAUGGGAAACGAGUGCUGUAACGAGUUUCGUCAAAAAGCCUUCACAUAUCAAUUAAGAAUUAUACUAUUUUCAUUUAAAUAGUGAUCUAAUAGUUAGUCUGGUGCUGACUAACGUAGAUUUCGCUUGAGUAAUAAUGGCUAAAAUGAGUCCAGUGCUCUGGCAAAAUGUCCAUUAUAGGAUAGAAAACUAUUAACGAUUAUAUCUAACAGGACUUCGAAUGUCAUGCUUUUUGUUAGUCAAAUAAUUGUGACUUGUCGCAGAUUACAAAAAGCACAGUUUCAUUCAGAUAAGUUUUUCUUAUUCAUUAAACUAAUAUGGAUUGUGAUGAAGUGAUAAUUUUUUACUUAUGUUGAAAGCAAAGAUAAAGAGUAGAAAUGCGUACCGAGAAAAUCUGCCUUUAUUAAUAAAUGCCGGAAUGAAAGUCAUUCACACAGAAAAAGGAAUUAAAGACGCCAACAAAUAAUUAAGAAGAAAUAAUAUAAUGCUGAUUGUUUAAUGUUUAUAAAAUGAUAACGAAGAGGAUGAUACAGAAAUACUAUAGAUAGUGUAUUUUUGGUGUAUACCCAUUGUCUAUAUAUAUGUAUAUGUCCAUUGUCCGUGGUAAAGUUACGUGUCUUAUAGCGUUAAAGAAAGAUAACACUUGCUUACGACUACGCGAAAGCAAAUUUCACAGAUAAAUGACCAAGGAAAGUAGAAAAGAUAUCUUGUUUAUAUAAACAAAGGCCUAAUUAUCAAGAAAAAAACUAAUUUUUUAAUAAGAUAAUUUGAUGCUUUCUACAUGAAAUAUAUAUUUAUAUAUAAAUAUGCACGUUUCACAGAAUUUUUUUGCACAGAACCUUGCAAAUUUGUACACCAAAAUUAUAGAUAUUUACUAUUCUUUUGUAUACAACAAGAACCAUUCGAUUUCUGUUAUUUAUAAAAGUAUAUGAGAAAGACUUGGCAAUCAAGCAAAAAAUCGGCGCCUUUCAUUUUGAAUUAUAAUUCGUAAUUCAAUAGUGAAAGAUUACUUUCAUUGGUCGCAAUGCGCGAGUGCCCAUUACUAAGGAAAUCAUUGGAAUAUUGGCUAUUGAAUGUUAUAGAAUUAUUACAAUUAUUAUAGAUAUAAUUGAUUAUGGAAAAAACGUAUUAAAACAGUCUGAA